GCCCGCUCGGGGCCGCAGACGGCGCGCAGCGCAACCCAGCCGAGCCUCGCGGGGCCGCCGCCAGCCCUGCCGGCCGCCUCUCGAGCCUCCCCGGGGCGCCGGGCCUGCCGCCCCCGCGGCCCGCAGACAGCUCCGCAGGAACCGGCGGGCGCGCCGCGCUCCCCGCCGCCGCGCGCGCGACCUAGGGCUCUAGGGGCCACGGGCACGAUGCUUCGGGUCCUGGUUGGGGCCGUCUUCCCCGCAAUGCUGCUGGCCGCCCCGCCGCCCAUCAACAAGCUGGCCCUGUUCCCGGACAAGAGCGCCUGGUGUGAGGCCAAGAACAUCACCCAGAUCGUGGGCCACAGCGGCUGUGAGGCCAAGUCCAUCCAGAACAGGGCGUGCCUAGGACAGUGCUUCAGCUACAGCGUUCCCAACACCUUCCCGCAGUCCACCGAGUCCCUGGUUCACUGUGACUCCUGCAUGCCGGCGCAGUCCAUGUGGGAGAUCGUGACCUUGGAGUGCCCCGGCCACGAGGAGGUGCCCCGGGUGGACAAGCUGGUGGAGAAGAUUCUGCACUGUAGCUGCCAGGCGUGCGGCAAGGAGCCGAGCCACGGGCUGAGCGUCUACGUGCAGGGCGAGGACACGCCGGGCUCCCAGCCGGGCACCCGUCCCCACCCCCACCCUGGAGGGCAGACCCCUGAGCCCGAGGAUCCCCCCGGGGCCCCACACGUGGACGAAGAGGGGGCUGAGGACUGAGGCCCCAACUCUUCCUCCCCUCUCGUCCCCUGUGGAAUGUUGGGUCUCACCCUUGGGGGAACGGUGGGGAGAAAGGCUGGAGCCCCCCUUUGGCACUGGAUGGACUUGGAUUCAGACUUGGACUUGGAAUGCUUUCCGGUUGCCAUGGAGAUCUGAAGGGAGGGGUUGGGGCCAAGCUGCACAAUUUAAUAUAUUCAAGAGUGAGGGGAGGUA